AUGGAGGUGGGUGUAAGAGACAACUAUACAAUUGAAAUACUUAAAACAAACCACACGGUCUUGAACAUAGUCAGAUGGGCGAUAGAGAAGUUUGAAGAGGAGUACGAAAUAGAUCUAAUUGGGUACACUAUUCCGCAUCCAAUGGAGACGCGAGCCCUAAUGAAGAUACAGCUGAAAAAAGAAGAAGAGCAGACAAAGAGCGCAAUUCUAAGCAUUUUCAAAAGAGGAAUAGCUGCAUCAAAUAGAGUCCUCAGCCAAAUAGAAGAGAGCAUCUAG